AAAGGGGUUUAGGAGGUGGAGAAAGGGAGAGUGGAGGGGCUUUCAGAUUUUGAGUUUAUUCCUUAUGAUGUUCCCAUCCUGAGCUGUGAUGACGGUGGUGGUUGCUCAUUUCUAGGACCAUGUGUGCCAUUUUGAUGGACCAUUUUGAUGAAAAAAGUGAACUGAAUGUGUUGGAGGCAGCUGUGGAAGUAAACACUGGAUGAGGAUGAUGAGUAAAAUGAAAAUGGAGGAGAGCAUCAUGUCAUACCUGUCACAGAGUGAGACUGACACCAGCCCCAAAGACCUGAAUGUAGUGGCCAUGCUCCAUAACUUCUGGGAGCAGAGGCAGAUGAGUCAGUUAAAUGGCUCCUCCAGUGAAUCAGAUGGUUCUGUUGGGGACACAGCCAUCCAGACAGAGAGCUUGCUACUGUACGAGUCUGCACCGUCCCCUGGUCCCCCAUAUGUCUGCUACGUCACCCUGCCUGGAGGAAGCUGCUUUGGCAACUAUAAGGUGUGUGACACUCAGGCAGAGGCUCGGAGGGAUGCAGCUCGUGUGGCUCUGAUGAACUCGCUUGUGAACGAGCUGCAGUGUCGGCGCAUCAACCCUCAGUUCAUCACUCAGAGUUUGCAGCAGGCAGCCACAGAGAGUGCUGUCUCUAUAGAAGAUGCAUGUGAUUCAAGCACCAGUAUAGGAACCUACAGAUUGCUGCUCCAUUCCUACAUAGGAAGAACCAUGCUGGAGUUCCAGGAGAUGAUGACAGUUUUCCAGUUGUUGCACUGGAACGGGACACUGAAGGCUCUGAGGGAAAGGCAGUGCUCUCGACAGAGUGUGAUUGCAUAUUACUCUCAGCGAGGACUUGAUGAGUACAUGCGCAGCAGCUUGGCUCUGGAUUGGCUCGGACGGGAGCAGAGGUCACCGGGGCGACUCGGGGAGGAGCUGCAGGUGGCACAGAGGGAGCUGGUGUUGGCGCGGCGUCGAGGCAUAGAGCUACGCUUCUACAAGGAGAAGACAGAGAUCCUCAGCUUGGCUCUGAGUCAGGCAUACAUCCACCACACACCUGAGGCCUUCAGCCAGGCGCCGAGUCACACAUCCAAGCAAGAACAACUUCCUUUACAUACAUUAUACAGCCAGGGCACAGAAGUCCAGAUAACCCCACUCUGCAGUCCUUCACCAAUCCUCCACACACAGCAAACAGUCUGUCAAACCUCUGGCAAACACACACUCUCCAACAGUCCUUCACCGUGCUCACAGCAGACUUAUGUGCCUUUAAAUAACUUUGAAUAGACUGAAGCAGAAAGUACAGGAUGGAUGAUAAAAGUUGUCAUUUGACUCUGUGAAUGAGCUAAAAGUCUGCCACUCGAGAUGUGACAUCUCUUUGGGAGAACAGAACAUAUCAAGCAUGGUCUUCAGGUUUUGUAAGAGUUCUGUAAUUGCGAGAGUUGUACAACAGUUGUGUUAAUUUGUGUAUUUAUAAUGCUCUAACCUUAUUAACAUUCUUUUGUGACUAUAGAACUAAGACUUAAAGAUGUGUGUAGUGUGUUUUGCAACUUUAACCACAAGAAAUACAACAUUCAAAUGAUUUAAAUCAAUUAGCAGGAAAUGUAUUUGAGUUGUAGCAGUGACCAUCUAUCUAUUUUGUAUGAAGAGUACUCUACUGCCUUAGCUUUUAUGAAUGUUUUCUUUUUGACAAGUAUAUUAUGACAUGUCACCUGUUACUUCAAAUACAGGAAUUUUAAAAAGAUUAAAAUUAUUUAGCCUAUGAACUGCUUUACAUACCAGCAACUCAGUACUCCUCCAUGCCUCACUGUUGCUUUCUCCUUCUCUGUCUAGCAUGUCAUCUGGCGUGUCAAUUUCCUCAAUGGAAAUUACUUGCCAGAGCAACUCAGGAUACUGACUGACUGUGUGACAUGUUUGAUGACGUGUUGGCUGGAUGCUAUGAGACAGAGAGUCUGUUAUGAGACACACAGUUGAAAGAGGAUGGCUGGUCAACUGCAGCUAUAAUUAUAAGAGCCAGCACUUAACCAUGUUCUUCAUGAUAAAAUGGAUACAGGCCAAGAACAUUUGAUUGUCUUAGGUUUGGUUGGGAGUGAAUGCAUUUUAAAGGGAAAAUGUUUUUUUUUUUUAAAUCAUUGUAAUAUACAUUUGUAAAUAAAUAUCUUUCUGUUACUCAUGA